UGGCACAAUGACGUGAUAUGCAAUGUUUAGAACAUUUUAGUGCGAAAAUAAUAGUGACGAUAAUGAUGAUGAUGACAAUGAUUGUGGCACCGGGUUGUGCUCUGAGUUUGUGAUUUUCAUUUGGUUUUAUGAAAUACAGUAUAGCUUAUUAAUGGUAAUAAAUACAAAUCAAGUAUCUCUGUAUAUGUCUCAAGUAAUACCUCGCAGGUAACGAAAUCAUAGGUUUUCUAGUUACCUGUGCUAGUAGUAAAACUUUAAAAAUGUUUUGCUUAUACGAUCACGUUUCGCCUGAAGGAUACCUUUAAUUACUUUUACUAACAAUCAAUUAAAUGAAAUUCUAAUAAAAACCCCCAUUUUAAACGACUCUCUCUGUCAUAGGCGUAGACACUUUCUCUCUAUCGAGGUCGUCCGCAUAUAAAGAGUUGUACUUCCCUAGAAAGAUCUUGAAGCCAGAAGUUGAUGAGAACACUUAUUAUUAUUAUUGUCGUUGUUGUUGUUGGCGAUGAUGACACAUAUUACUGGGUUUACUUGUCCUCCAACCAUCUAUUUCAAGUUUAUUACAAAGUGCGACAAGUGUUAUUACAAAGUGCGACAGCUUUUUAGUGUCUACCUUGAGUAUUUCGUAUGAUUCGUGAAUCAGCCUUCGCGCGUCGCGCGAGCAAGCUCUCGGGGCGCUGUACACGCUUAUGAGGCCGCUACUCUAACCCCUUUACUGAGGCACCGAUCGGUUUUUUUUGCUUGUUUCUCAUUAACAUUUCAACAAUGUUUGCAAACUGCCUUUUCGGUACAAAUUUCGAGACCUAAUCAGUUGUUUAAAAUUUAAGGAUUUUUAAAUGAAGAUAAUUUUCUUCUAAAGUGUAUGCGUAGUAAGCCACCUUAUAUCACCACUUCAAAUAACAUAGCCCUUCUGUAAUGUUUCUCUCCUAGGUGUGAAACGUGGUAUAUGUAGUGUGAUCUGUACUGGCAUUUGCAGCACUUUAUGCACUUUGAUUUGCGACCCCUAUGGAUGCAAUGAAAUUUGCUCGCCAUUAUGCGACACUGUGUGCGAUUUGAUUUGCUGA